AGUUGAUCAGUCUGCUCAGGAAAACCUCUGGUGGUGGAGAAAGUAUCUGGGAGUCCAAAGCUGAAGGACGAAGAAGAAGAAGAGAAGUUGAGAUUUUCCUGCAAAAGAAAAUUGUUGGACCACAUAUAUCUCCUUGUGGAAGAAGCUGCACAUAUAUUUUAAAUUUGCUCAUUUGAACAAGUUUUUUUUUUGCACGGUGCACAGAUCAUUAUUUUUUUUUUGUGUGUAUUUUUUUCUUUUAUAGAUAUAGCACCACUCCUGGAUAAAGACUCCUGGCUUUAGCUUUAAAAAAAAAUCGGAUUAUCUGACUGAGAGGCAUUGUGUUCAUUAGACCAGUCUACCUUUUUUUUUUUUUUUUUUUUUUUUUGCGUGUCUCCCCUCCUCUUCCUCCGCAUUUCAGCUGCUCCUCUUAAACCGCAAAGAGAGCAAAACCCCCCAACAAUGAUUCUGAGCUUCUGCCUCCUGGUGACAUUCAUCUUGGGGCUGUCCGGCUGCCUGGGCUCGUACGUGCCCUGCGAGCCCUGCGACCAGAAGGCUCUGUCCAUGUGUCCUCCGGUGCCGAUCGGCUGCCAGCUGGUGAAGGAGCCGGGCUGCGGCUGCUGCCUGACGUGCGCCCUGUCCGAGGGGCAGGCGUGCGGCGUGUACACCGGGACGUGCACCCAGGGCCUGCGGUGCCUGCCCCGGAGCGGAGAGGAGAAGCCGCUGCACGCCUUGCUCCACGGCCGGGGGGUGUGCACCAACGAGAAAGGAUACAAACCGGCUCACCCACCCAUAGAUCGCGAGUCCCGGGAGCACGACGACACCAUGACCACAGACAUCACAGAGGAGCUCCAGCCCGCUAAAGUGCCACUCCUUCCUAAAGACAUCGUGGUCAGUAAAAAAGUCCACGCCAUGCGCAAGGAGCUGAAGAGGAAGCAGGGCAAGCAGCGCUCCAUGGGCUCCCCCAUGGACUACUCCCCUCUGCCCAUCGACAAGCACGAGCCCGAGUUUGGUCCGUGCAGAAGGAAACUGGACGGGAUCAUUCAGGGGAUGAAGGACACUUCUCGUGUCAUGGCUCUGUCUCUGUACCUCCCCAACUGUGACAGGAAAGGAUUCUUCAAGCGCAAGCAGUGCAAACCGUCUCGCGGCCGCAAACGAGGCAUCUGCUGGUGCGUGGACAAGUACGGCGUCCAGCUCCCGGGGACAGACUACAGCGGGGGGGACAUUCAGUGUAAAGACCUGGAGAGCAGCAACAACAACGAGUGAAAAACCAGGAGAGGACCAACCCACCGCGACCCCCCUUAUCCCCCCUUGUCCCCCCUAAACCAACCACACGUGACCCCGGGUCCACGCCUCCUUCUCCACGAGUCACACCUGUAUGCUCCGCCCCUCCGUUCACCUCAAGAUUCUUUGUUUUUUUCAAAUCGGAGAGAAAGAAAAGAUCCAAACGAAAGAACAGGCUGAAAAAAGGACACCUGUAUUUUUUUUCUUUUUUUUUUUCUGUUUCUUUUCUGUUGUUGACCAAGCACUCAUCUUCGA